AUGGCGGACCAACACCUCAUUGUGGCCAAAAUCGUGGCCAUUGUGGUGCUGCUGCUGGUCACCCUGGUCUUCUGCUUCGUUCCCUAUAUCCUGGACCGCUUCUACAAGUGGACGAAGCGGCCGGAGAACAAUGCCAGGGAGUUCAAGGUGGUGCUGUGUCUGCUUAACUUCGGCGGCGGGGUUCUCAUAGCCACCACCUUCAUCCACAUGCUCCCGGAGGUGGUCGAGGUGGUGGGUGCUCUCCAGGAUUGCCGGAUGCUAGUGCCCACCCCGUUCGGCCUGCCGGAGGUUCUGCUCUGCACCGGCUUCUAUCUGAUGUACUGCAUCGAGGAGGCCAUGCACUUCAUAGUGCGACGGCGGCAGCAGAAGAAGCUCCAGGAGGUGGUGGUAAUCAAGGAGGUGGGGGUGGUAGUCCAACCUGAGGAAACACCCAAGCAGCCCAACUGGCUUCGCGGCCUGGGCAUCAUCGUGGCCCUUUCCCUGCACGAGCUCUUUGGCGGAAUGGCCAUCGGCCUUGAGAUGAGUGUGAGCACGGUGUGGUUCAUGACCGGAGCCAUCGCCGUCCACAAACUCGUGCUGGCCUUCUGCAUCGGCAUGGAGAUCAUGAUGGCGCACACCCGCUGGCUGCUGGCCGUCGUUUACCUCCUGGUCUUCUCGAUUGUGACACCCAUUGGCGUGGGCAUCGGCAUUGCGGUCAGCGAAUCCGCGACGGCCAACCAACCGAGCACAGUCUCGGGAAUCCUGCAGGGACUCGCCUGCGGCACUUUGAUCUACGUGGUCUUCUUCGAGAUCGUGGCCAAAAACCAUGCCGGCUUACGGGUCCUGCUCUCAUCGGUCGUGGGAUUUGUCCUGAUGUUUGGUCUCCAGAUAGCCAUUGGAGAAGCAAAGGGCAAGAGCCAUUUCACGUGCCCCUAGAGGAUACUCGAAUAUUUAUAAAGCUUGUCGGUUUAAAUGUCCAAUUAAACUAUACAAGCUUAAGUCUUACCAUAUGAACAAAACAAGGAAAGACUAGCAUCGAAAACCGAAGCUUCCUUUGAAUUAAUUUUAAAUAAAACAAUUAUUUGCUUUGUAAAAAGCGAUUUUA